AUUAUCUUUGCCGAUUGUUCCUUGGUUUUGAAGUAAGAGAGCGUCAUUAUUUCCAACAUCUGCAUGAAUUGCCAAAUUAGUCCUUGGGUCAUUCUCGUAAGAAAUUUUGGAUGAGUUGACAAGAAAAAGUAUUCAUAUCAUAUAAUUCUUGAAGUCGGAAAGUUGAUGGGACAACGUAUCAAGAAUGAAUCUAGUCAAGAAAAAUCCGAGAUGUACAAUCAUACGUUAGAGAUAAAAUCAAAUUCGACGAUAGGAAACUUGAUAAUCAAACAAAAGAAGAAAAAGGAAAUAUAUAAGAAAGUAUAUGAUGAAAACGUUGGAAAUAUUACGAUUAAUACUGAAAAAGAAAAAGGAAAGAAAAGUGAACGUACGAUAUAUAAAUGUCCUAUAUGCCAUGCGACUUAUUUUCUGCUCUGUAGAUAUAAAGAACAUAUAGUGAAGCACAGCGAUGUACAUCUUUGCAUGAUUUGUGAAAAAACCUUUAAAUGCAAGUCGGAUAUGAAUAAUCACAUGAAGAUUCACAGUAACGUUACGUAUACUUGCGAUCUAUGUGGUUUGAUCUCGAGAGUUUCGUUUGAUGCCCAUAUUUGGCGGGUGCAAAAGCGUGACUUUCGACGUUGCGAACAGUGCUACGUCAAGGGAUUUAUGUCAAAUUUUAAUCUCGAGGAUCACAACUAUUACAAGAAAUCAUACCUGGCUGCACAGAAACAUGUAAUUUAUGGGAUUCAGAAGUCUGCACUGAGACAACAUCGGUGCAAUCGUUGCAGCAAGAAUUUUAACUCAGAGAUCACUCUUCGCAAUCACAUGAGCCUGCACUCGGAGAAGUUUUUGUGCGCCAAAUGCGGUAAAAUGUUAGCGUCGAAUCAAGCAUUACAGCGACAUGAACUUACACAUACUGGUGAACGGCGCUACCAGUGCAUGUUAUGUUCGAAAACUUUCGCGAGAUACGCAUAUGUCAAGAUACAUAAGCUCAUUCAUACAGGCGAAAAACCAUACAAAUGUGAUAUCUGCCAACAAUAUUUCACGCAACGUAGCAGUGUGACGACACAUUGUCGCAAACGACAUUCCGGCAUCAAUGUUCCAACGUUACCGGACCACCACUAUUGCCGCUCAGUUGACUUGAAUUGAUCUGAAAGCCAAACUA